AUGAACAAACGACGUGAUUUGAGUGUGGAAGAAAAAUUAGAUGUUCUUAAAAAAUAUGACGAGCUUCCGAAAACGAGCCAGCGACAAGCAGCAUGUAAGUUGAACGUGUCUCAAAGUUUACUAGGUAGGAUGCUGAAAAAUCGACAGGAAAUCGAAAACGCAUCAUUAGAAAAUGUGAAUUCAAACCGUGAAAGAAAAAGGGUCGGUAAAGAAGAAGAAGUUGAAGAAGCUUUAAAGCAAUGGUUCACAAAAGUCAGACAAAAAGAUGUCCGAGUUACAGGACCACUUUUGCGCCAAAAAGCCGAAGAUCUUGCGAAAAAAAUAGGCAAAGAUAAUUUUGUGGCAACAGAAGGUUGGUUUCACCGAUGGAAGAAACGCGAAAACAUUUCAUUCGUUAAGCCACAUGGAAAACAGGGAGAAGCCAACCAUGUAGCUGCACGGUUGUGGAUUCAUUCAGAAUGGCCAUCACUUAUCGCCAAAUAUCCUCCGUCUUGUGUGUUCAAUGCGGAUGAAACUGGACUUUAUUUCAGGGCAUUACCUGAGCACACUUACGCGUUCAAAAAUGAAAAAACUAGAGAAACUAAAACUAGUAAAGAACGUCUAACCAUAUUAUGUUAUGCGAGUAUGGAUGGUGAAAAAAGAAAACUGCUUGUGAUUGGUAAAAGUAAAUAUCCCCGGUGUUUCAAGGGUGUUAAAAAUCUACCGGUAGACUAUACUGCAAACAGUAAUGCAUGGAUGAUAAAAGAAAUUUUCACCGAAUGGCUGAUCAAGUGGGACAAUGAACUUCAUCAUGACGUUUUAUUGCUAGUCGAUAACUGCACGGCUUAUGUGGUUACAGAGAGCCUUUUCGAAAAGUUUACCAAGGACUGGAAGUAA